CACAUGUUAGUCCUUUGCUGUGGCAGUUAUUCUAGAGAGAAAUCAACUGUGGGUGGAAAAUGGCAACCUGAACAGUGAGAAAGACAAACUACGGACGAGUUACAGCGAAAUGAAAGGCCUCUAUCACAACCAGACCCUAAAGACAAACCAGUUAGAAAACGAGAAAGACCAUUUGAAGGCCGCGAACAACAACCUCACCAGAGAGAGAGAUGAAUUACAAAAACUGGUGAAUGAGACAACAUGUUGCCCCAACAGAUGGACACAGUUUGGCAAUAGUUGUUAUUUCAUAUCUAGCGUAAAGGAAAACUGGAGUGUCAGCAACACGCUCUGUCAAAGUUAUGAUGCACAGCUGGUGAUCAUAUCAAGCAAAGAGGAACAGGAGUUUAUCACCUCGUUUAAACGGAGGACAUGGAUUGGUCUGACUGAUGGAGAGAGAGAAGGUGUUUGGAAAUGGGUUGAUGGAACGGCACCUAACGAAACGUACUGGAGAUCCAGUCAGCCGGAUAAUAUGCUAAACGAAGACUGUGUUGAGAGUUCAACGGUUUAUAACAUGGGGAACUGGAAUGAUUUUAGAUGCAAUGCAAACGUGUACUUUACCUGUGAGAAAGUACUUACUUAAUAGCCUUUCUAGUCUUCUGACCACUCAAAGUGCUGUGUACUAAAUGUCAACGUUCACCCAUUCACACACUGAUGGCCGAGGCUGCCAUGCAAGUUGCCACCUGCCCAUCAUUUCUAAACUUGUGCACAUUCACACACGGAUGGCCUUCGGGAGCAAUUUGAGGUUCAACGUCUUACCGAUUAGUGGCUCUACUAAUGAGCCAAGGCCCACCCCAUUAUUUAUUAUUGUGCAUUCGUGUUUGUUUUGCUCUCACAUAUGUAGAAUGUCAAUACUGUACAUUCAAGAGUUAAGGGGUGACUCUCUGUGCUGUAUUCUUUAUGUACAAAAGAGACUCUGAGCUCAACUUCAGUGAUAAUGAAUGAAUGAAUUAUUUGUUGCGCCUGUAAUGUAAUAACAAAUUAUGCCAUUAAAAAUAGAUAUUAAUACUAUUCGAUACAUACCAGAGUUAUUUUAAUUUUAUUUGUCAGUGAUCUGUAUGAGAUGUAAACCUUACACAACCCGUCUCUGCAAUUCGUAUU